GUUAGUUCCUGUUCUCACUUACGUUAUAGCAGCUAUAAACAGUCGUUCCCUCACCAGCCUCUCUUUUUUCUCUCUCUUUGCAGGUAGUACGAUUAAAAAUAAAACAUAGCUUGUGAUGUUCCUGAAAAACUGUAAAGCGUAAACUCCUCUGUCCUGAAGAUGUCAGAAAACGUAAAGUUACAGCUUUACAAAGUGCUGACACUGUGAUAUGCAGCUGCACUACUGUCAGAGCUGCUGUUAUAGAAAAUUAAUCAACACCUUCUGACCAAUCACAAUCCGGAGUGUUGUGUAUUUCCUGCUUUCACACACCAGACUCAACUGUGAUCCCAGAGUCUUGAUAUUUCAUCACAGGGAUGAUGGUAAAAGCAAAACAAGUCGUGUGGAUGAUGCCCAUGGAUGUUUCCCAAUCCUGAUUGAGAGUGAAAGUGGGGCAAAUAUAGCCGAGGGGUGUUAAGUGCCCUGGCUCGGCACAUGUCCACGCUAUCAGGUAACUCAUUUUGUACUUACGGGGGCAAAAAGGGAUAAAAAUAAGCCCCAAACCCCCAACAUCCUCUGGCUUUAGAUGAACAUACUGUGAGUCUCUGUGCUCAGUUUAAUCACCAUUUCGGAUGUGAAAAAGGUGAAGCUUGAGCAUGGAAAUGAAAAAUUCUUCAGACAGAAGUGUAUAUUAUGAAUACAUCUUUACAAAUGGAACAUGGACAACAGUAUUAAAGCUUGUCAGUGCAGCGGGGAGAUGAAUAUGCAGAGAGGAUUAGCAAGGAAAUGACAACGGAUCAGGUCGACUCACUUGCUGACUUUGCUAAAAAUAAAAAAAAAAAAAAACAUUUCUGAUACUUCAACUACAAUGUUCAUUCAAAGUGCAGAAACUAUUUCAGAAAUUGUUCAAGAGGAGACCAAAACUGGAAAUGUUUAGAUAAGGCUUGCAUCCAGACUCCUCUUCAGGAUCUUUCACCACAGAGGAAAAUAUUUAGCAGAGAAGAAGUAGCUGGAAUUGGGACUGCUGGUGACCCCAUUUUGAACCAGAAGAUUGUGGGAAAGGACAAUAUCAAGUCAAGGUUCCUGCCUACAACUGACUUGGUAAUAAGAGUAUGUCAGAAGGAAUAGAUGGUAAUGAAGGCAUUGUGGAACUGCCUGAGAAUGUGACAUCUCAGGAUGUUGAAGUUGAUGGAAAUAAAUCUAACAUCCUCCCAAAAGGUCAUCAGAAUGCCACUCUGAAUCCAAAUGACCAUAUGACAUCAAGGAAUCAAGAGAAUGAAGUACCUGAGAAUAGGCAGUGCCAAAAGGCUGUAAAUACAGCACCUACAAAUAGGCAAUCCCAGGAUGAGUCACCAUCGCUGGACCCCAACAGUGAGACCACCACAAUAGAUGACAUACCAAACACUGAAUUCCAUCCUGCCUGGAUUAGCAGGACUGUUUAUAACGCUGACACACACAGGAAUUACCUCAUGGAUGAAGCUGUCCAACAUGUUGACCCUCAAAUAAAGGGUAUAGCUGGAGAGACUGUGCAGGAUAUUAGUGAAAUUAGUAGCAUUUUGCAGGAGAACGUCUAUCACAUUGGUUCUGAAAUACAUGACUUUGUAGUGACAAGAGCUCUCAAUUCUGACUCAGAAAUUGGUGGUAUUUUAGAGGAUGCUGUCCAAAGCAAAGACUCAGAAAUUGGUGGUAUUUUAGAGGACACUGUCCAAAGCAAUGAAUCAGAAAUUGCUUUUAUUUUAGAGGACACUGUCCAAAGCAGUGAGUCAGAAAUUGGUGGUAUUUUAGAGGACAGUCUCCAAAGCAAUAACUCAGAAAUUUGUGCUAUUUUAGAGGAUGCUGUCCAAAGCAAAGAGUCAGAAAUUGGUGGUAUUUUAGAGGACACUGUCCAAAGCAAUAACUCAGAAACUGGUGGUAUUUUAGAGGACACUGUCCAAAGCAAUGACUCAGAAAUUGAAUGUAUUUUAGAGGAUGCUGUCCAAAGUACUGCCUCAGAAAUUGGUGGUAUUUUAGAGGAUGCUGUCCAAAGCAAAGAGUCACAAAUUGGUGGUAUUUUAGAGGACACUGUCCAAAGCAAUAACUCAGAAACUGGUGGUAUUUUAGAGGACACUGUCCAAAGCAAUGACUCAGAAAUUGGUGGUAUUUUAGAGGACAGUCUCCAAAGCAAAGAGUCAGAAAUUGGUGGUAUUUUAGAGGACACUGUCCAAAGCAAUAACUCAGAAACUGGUGGUAUUUUAGAGGACAAUGUCCAAAGCAAAGACUCAGAAAUUGGUGGUAUUUUAGAAGACAAUUUUCAAAGCAAUGACUCAGAAAUUGAAUGUAUUUUAGAGGAUGCUGUCCAAAGCAAUAACUCAGAAAUGUGUGGUAUUUUAGAGGACACUGUCCAAAGUACUGCCUCAGAAAUACAUGGUAUUUUAGAGGACAGUAUCCAAACACAGGAGAAUGUCUAUCAUAUCGAUUCUGAAAUUUGUGGCUUUGUAGUGGAUAAAACUCAAACUUCUCAUUCAGAAAUUGGGGGCAUUUUAGAGGACACUAUCCAAAGCACUGACUCAGAAAUACAUGGUGUUUUAGAGGACACUGUCCAAAGCACUGACUCAAAAAUUGGAGAAGUUUUAGAAGACAAUGUCCAGAGCAUUAAUGUAGAAAUUGGUGGCAUUUUAGGUGAUGCUUCAGGCCUACUACAGCAACCCUUCCCCCUCUAUUCAGCAGAGCUCAGUAAUAAUAAGACCCUGGAGGCCAAUGACAACAAUGCAAUGUCAGACAUUUUGACUGACUCAGCUGCUAAUUUGGCGGAGAAUGACGUGACCCAGAUGUCUCGUACUGUAAAUGCAAAAACAGAAAUGGAAUCAGCAUCUUGUAUUUUAGAAGACCAUGUUCCAGACAUGACAGUGGACCUCACGCCUGAAAAUAACUCUGACGUAGACCUGCUAAUCUCCAGCUUCCCUCACACACAAAUCAUAAUCCCAUCUAAGACUGAGGAAGGGAUUGACGAAGAUCACUCAGAGGUGACACAAGUGAUGGACAGAAGUGACAUGUCUAAUGAGUUGUGGGUUGAUGCUUUGGAUGAGUGGGGACAUCUUCCAGCCUCCUGUCCCACCGCAGCAUCUUCAGAUAACACAAGAACCUCAAAAAUGGAAGCUAAGAUUGGUUCCUUGGAACUGCCUACCAUUGAGAGGUGGUCAUCUUCUGACAGCUGGGCCAGUGCUUUAUCAGACUGGAUCCAGUCUGUUAGUGUUCUUCCAGAAGAUUGUCCCACUAUGAGAAGUCCUGAGUCUCAGCAUCAGUUCUCCAUGGCUAUCCAGGACAUGACCAAGCAGAAGACCACGGGCCCGGAAAGCUCCUUAGAAGUAGGAGAUGGAGAUUCUGAGGGCAAAAUGCUGAUAAAAAACUCCACUAGUCCUCCAACAGACCUGUCUCUCCUACACAGGGAGGAGAGAGAGAAUAGCCUUUACACUAAUUUAGAUAUGAACAGGACUCAGGAUUUCCCAGAAGACAAGGAAGGAGAGACACAGUCAGGUUUACAGGAAAAGGCAGAAGACUCUCGGAAUGAUUGCACAGAAGGAAAACCGGAAAACAAGUGUGCCUUUGUAUCCAAGCAGAAGAGCAAUGCAGUCUGGAAAGUAACUGAAGACACAGCCUUCGAGGAAAAAGGUGAAAGGAAUCAUGGUGCCUUGAGCUUCUCGUGUCACCCCAUCACGCCAGAGUCAGAGGUUCAUCUCCUCAACAGCUAUGAAGCAGAUCACCUGACACGCAUGCAAGGAGUGAACAGGAGUGACGCGACACACAUUAAAGACAGCAGGUCAUGUGUGUUUCCUAACGUAGGAGAGGUGGAUUUUAUUAUGCCGCUUACUCCGAUCACUAUUGGAACGUCAUUCCUCCACUUGAAAGAGGAUCCAGAGGAAUCAAGGACAUCCUUAAAACUGUGCCUUGCAGGGAUCAAUGAUGAAAUUAGACCAGAUCUGACACCAAGAGCCAGCGGAAAAUCCACAAGCGAGUCAUCAGACAACCAGUUUGGUGACAUCACGAAGAAAACUGGGGAUCAGGGUCCAUCUCUGUCGUCUUAUGAAGACCCAAAGUACAAAACAGAGGCCGAUGACGUCAGCUCGGAACUUCAGACGCUGAUCUUACCCACAGGGGAGCAGUUAAUGAUCUGUGAGGAAAAGCACGUAGCAUACGUGACUUUAGACGUGGAUGACAUUCUGAGCUUUAAGAACCACCCUGAGGAUUGGUCGGCUAUAAAACAAGUAAGCUGGGAAGUAAAACAAAGCUGUGAAAGAGACAGCAAGAUGCCUCAUAAAACUCAGAAAACGUCAUCUGAGAACAAGACACGUUCGAAUAAACACAAGGACAAAACGAGCAACAACCAACAGCUUGGCUGUCAAACCAAGAAAAGAGAGAACGUGAGACCAGAAUCACAUGGUGAAGAGUCCAGAGGUGCAGAGGAAAGCACAGUGACCAUGAUCGAGACUAUCGUAAUAACAGAGAAGGUCACAUCCAGAUCUCAGGGGAAGAAGAAAAAGAAGCAUGGAGUAGCAAAGGUUGAAAAUGAGCCGCUGCUUGAAGUGGAAAAUGGAACAAAGCCAAAAAACGCAAAACCUAAAAACGAGACGGCAACAACGCAACCGAGCAAGGUGAGAGAGAAACUCGCAAAAUAUGAGGGAAAGGCGUCGAAUGAAAACGAUAAAGCAUCUGAAGAGAAAACAAAACCGAGUACAGAAACAUCAAGCACAUGUCUGCCUGGUGCACUGGACGAUGACAUCGUCAAACGCAGACGCAUAUCUGGGGACAAACCUGGAUCCAUAUCGAUUAGGACGAGGCCGCAGCUUCCUGCUAUCUUCCAGCAGAAGAAAAAGGAAGAUGUGGUGAAAGAGAAGAUUCAGACACCUAAAGAAGUCCCACGUGUCAUAUCUGAGAUUGAAGCAGCUCCAGUCGUUGAUGAUCCUCAGAGCAUUUCGCUGUGGUGCCGCUUCAGUCCCAUCGUGAGCGAUUCCUCCAUCAUAUGGGUGAAAGAAGGAGCAACGCUGUGUGAGGAAAAGAUGAAGGUGGGAGAUGAUGGUCGGCUCUCUCUGUCGGUGGUGAAAGCCUGCAGUAAGGAUUUGGGUUUUUAUCGCUGUACUCUGACCAGUGCUCUCGGGUCAGUGUCCACCUCAGACUAUCACCUGACAUCAGAAGUGCUCAUGGAACUCGUCAUCCCGAACCAUGACACACCAGCUGAGCGUAAAGCGAUAGAUGGGGAGGAAGAGGAUGUGUCUUGCACUCCUCUUCUCUUUAAGGAUGACAUCCUGUCCGAUCAGUAUUUUGGAGAGCAGCAGCACACCAGCAUUGUGACUGAGAAGGCUCACUUUGGUGAGGGAAUGCACCGGAAAGCGUUCAGGACAAUGGUGCGCACCAGCAUGACGCCUUUGUUUGGCCCCGGACACGCCUGUGUGCUCAAAGUGCACAGCUCCAUCGGCUAUGGCACCCUGAACAACGACGAGGUCAUCCAGAAGAACUACAACCUCGCUGUGGAGGAGUGUUAUGUGCAGAACACGGCCAGGGAAUACAUUAAAGCCUACACCAACGUGGCCAAAUCUGCAGAAUCCUUUGGAGAAGUUCCUGAAAUCAUCCCCAUUUUUCUGGUGCACCGGCCAUCUAAUGCCGUCCCGUACGCGACGCUGGAGGAGGAACUGAUCGGAGAUUUUGUAAAAUACUCUGUGAAGGAUGGGAAAGAGAUCAACCUGAUGAGGAGAGACUCAGAGGCGGGACAGAAAUGCUGUGCUUUCCAGCACUGGGUUUACACACAGACUGAUGGAAACCUGCUGGUUACUGAUAUGCAGGGUGUAGGUAUGAAGCUGACAGAUGUUGGAAUUGCCACCUGCAAAAAAGGUUAUAAAGGAUUUAAAGGAAACUGUUCCACAUCGUUCAUCGACCAGUUUAAAGCUCUUCAUCAGUGUAACCGUUUCUGCGAGCUGCUCGGCCUCACGUCACUGCAGCCCAAAGCCAAACGGACCACCCCUCCCAAACCCAAAGCACAACCUGCCGCCAGGAAAAAGCCUUUUGGCCCCAGUCUCAAGGGCAAAUCCUGAUAGGACGCCAGCCCUUAACACAGGGCACUGUGCAUAAAUGCUGUGAAGUUACGUCAGGGUGAAUCUGGGAGUUGGUUUCAAAGACAUUAUGACACGUGAUCUUUUUGUACUGUUAAGUUCUUAUGUACUGUGUUUCAUUUGCAGAUGAUAUACUGCUGCAUCAUGUGCAGAUGAUAUACUGCUGCAUCAUGUGCAGAUGAUAAACUGCUGCAUCAUAUACAGAUGAUAUGCUGCUGUGCUAGAUGCUGAUGAUAUACAGCUGUGCUAGAUGCAGAUGAUAUGCUGCUCUGCCAUAAACAGAUGAUAUGCUGCUCUGCCAUAAACAAACAGACGAUGUGCUGCUCUGCCAUAAACAGAUGAUAUGCUGCUGUGCUAUAUGCUGAUGUUAUACAGUUGUGCCAUAUACUGAUGAUAUACAGCUGUGAUAGAUGCUGAUGAUAUACAGCUGUGCCAUAUACAGACGAUAUACAGCUGUGCUAGAUGCUGAUGAUAUGCUGCUGUGCUAGAUGCAGAUGAUAUACAGCUGUGCUAUAUGCUGAUGAUAUACAGCUGUGCUAUAUGCUGAUGAUAUACAGCUGUGCUAUAUGCUGAUGAUAUGCUGCUGUGCUAGAUGCAGAUGAUAUACAGCUGUGCUAUAUGCUGAUGAUAUACAGCUGCAUCAUAUGCAGAUGAUAUACAGCUGUGCUAGAUGCAGAUGAUAUGCUGCUGUGCUAUAUGCUGAUGAUAUACAGCUGUGCUAUAUGCUGAUGAUAUACAGCUGCAUCAUAUGCAGAUGAUAUACAGCUGUGCUAGAUGCAGAUGAUAUGCUGCUGUGCUAUAUGCUGAUGAUAUACAGCUGCAUCAUAUACUGAUGAUAUGCUGUUCUGCCAUAUACAGAUGAUAUACAGCUGUGCUAGAUGCUGAUGGUAUGCUGCUCUGCCAUAUACAGAUGAUAUACAGCUGUGCUAGAUGCUGAUGGUAUGCUGCUCUGCCAUAUACAGAUGACAUCCUGCUGCAUCAUAUGCUGAUGAUAUACUUCCGUGCUUUAUGCUGAUGAUAUAGUACUGUGUCAUAUACUGAUGAUGUACUGCUGUGUAAUAUAUUCAUAUACUCCUGCGUCAUAUGCUGAUGUUAUACAGUUGUGCCAUAUGCUGAUGUUAUACAGUUGUGCCAUAUGCUGAUGUUAUACAGUUGUGCCAUAUGCUGAUGUUAUACAGCUGCGUCAUAUGCUGAUGUUAUACAGUUGUGCCAUAUGCUGAUGUUAUACAGUUGUGCCAUAUGCUGAUGUUAUACAGCUGCAUCAUAUGUUGAUAUUAUACAGUUGUGCCAUAUGCUGAUGUUAUACAGUUGUGCCAUAUGCUGAUGUUAUACAGUUGUGCCAUAUGCUGAUGUUAUACAGUUGUGCAAUAUGCUGAUGUUAUACAGCUGCAUCAUAUGCUGAUGUUAUACAGCUGCAUCAUAUGCUGAUGUUAUACAGCUGCAUCAUAUGCUGAUGUUAUACAGCUGCGUCAUAUGCUGAUGUUAUACAGUUGUGCCAUAUGCUGAUGUUAUACAGUUGUGCCAUAUGCUGAUGUUAUACAGCUGCAUCAUAUGUUGAUAUUAUACAGUUGUGCCAUAUGCUGAUGUUAUACAGUUGUGCCAUAUGCUGAUGUUAUACAGUUGUGCCAUAUGCUGAUGUUACGCAGCUGCAUCAUAUGCUGAUGUUAUACAGCUGUGUCAUAUAGGUCUGAUAGACUAGCGUGUCAUUGUUUGCUGUGCAUAUGCAUUAGGAGAAAUAAUGACUUUUGCAAGUCAAUGUGAUCCAUAAAUCCAACAGGCUGCAUAUUGUCACACUAUCAUUCAGGAACAAUUUAGCCAAAAAUACAAUAAAGCAGUUUUUAUAUUGGGUGCAUUGGAUUUUUGGCUGAACUGUUCCUUUAAUCUCAUUCAGGAAGUUUCAAUGAACAUGUGAAGUAUUCUUGAAGUAAGUGUUAAAUUGCAUGAAGCAAACACUUAAUGUACCUGAAACACGUUAGUCAAAAUGUGACAUUUGUAUUGUGGUUAACAUUUAUAUUCAUUUUGUUAUACAUAGUUUAUAUUCACUAUUUAAUAUAAGGGUGUAUAUAUUUUUGUAAUGGCAACUCAUUGAACUACAAAGUCCCUUUUUUGUGAGUGAGGUAGCUUGAGGAAAGUGGCAUGGUGGUGAAUGGUGAUAAAAACAUCUCCUGCUCAGUGAUAAAGCCAGCUGUCCUCCUGCCUCAGAAAGAAUGUGAACCUCGGCCAGGUUUCCAGAGACGCCUGACAUUCUGAAACGUUAUACACACACCUGCCACGUGUAGCAGGUCAUACUGAUUUAUUUGCCAUCGGCAAAAGUAGUAUUUACUUACAAUUUGCGCAAGUUUUAUGACCCUCAUGACAAAUCUGGUCGAGGAGAAAAUGUUUUUGUGUUGAACUGACCUGGAUUCUUUUGAAUAAUUCUCAUACAUUAAAUCUUGGGAUUUUUCUUGUUUAUAAA